AUGAAUCCUAAAGUUAAAGCAUUCCCUUUGUAUGAUGAGAAGCUCCAAUUAUCAGGCUUGGUGGGCUGGGCUGGGGACCAAUUUUCAGUUUUGAAUGAUGAAGAAGUUGAGAUGAUUGUUCUCUUGCUGCAGACAUCCUGGGCUCCUACAGUUGGGGACAACAGCCAGCGUGAGUACCUGGUACCCCAACACUCUCCUUCUCCACUCUUCAGUCAGAUGACUGCCAACAUCUCAGGCCCAGAUGGAGAUGUCAUUAAGUAUAGGCUGAGUCCAUUUCCCUUAUUGGCUGUGCUCUGCUUUGACCAGCGGCUCAUUGGCUUCAACGCUUGCUUGAUUCAGAUGUUUUUCUUGCACUCUUUCUCUGUGGUCGAGUCCUCGGUCCUCCUGGCCAUGUCAUUUGACCGCUUUGUGGCCAUCUCCAACCCUUUGCACUAUGCCGCCAUCCUCACAAAUACCAUCAUCAUCAGGAUUGGGAUGGCCAUUGUGGCUCGAGCCACUCUGUCCCUCUUCCCAGUACCCUUCUUGCUGAAACGACUCAACUUUUGCCCUGGUAAGAUUCUCUUGUCCCACUCGUUCUGCUUCCAUGCUGAUGUCAUGAAAAGGGCUUGUGCGGACAUUACCGUCAACAUCCUGUAUGGGUUGUAUGUGGUUCUGUCCACAGUGGGUGUAGACUCCUUGCUCAUCGUCCUGUCCUACGCCCUUAUUCUCCACACGGUGAUGGGGCUGGCCUCUCCUAGGGAGCGUGUUUGAGCUCUCAACACCUGCGUUUCUCAUAUCUUAGCGGUUCUGGUCUUCUACAUCCCAGUCAUAGGUGUAUCCAUGAUCCAUCGUUUUGGAAGACACCUACCCCACAUUGUACAUUCUCUUGUUGCCUAUGUGUAUCUGGUGGUUCCUCCUGUACUCAAUCCCAUUAUCUACAGUGUCAAGUCCAAGCACAUCAGGAAAGCCAUGCUGAAGGUGCUUAGAAGAAAAGGCCAGAACUGA